AUUUGUUCCUCACCUGCCUUUAUCUGUUCAUAGGCGAUCCACGCGUAGGCACGACAGCUUUACUGUCGGCCAUGUACACGAUUUUCUUGCGUGAGCACAACAGGAUUGCCAAGGAACUUCACAAGAUCAACCCUAACUGGCAUGAUGAGAGCUUAUUUCAAGAGACAAGGAAGAUUGUUAUGGCAGAGUUCCAGAGCAUAACUUACGGAGAAUGGUUGCCCUGGCUAAUAGGUAAACAGGCGAUGGUAGAGUACGAACUCGGCCCAUCCCCAAGUGGCUACAGCAACGGAUACCAAGCAAACGUUGAUCCAAGAACUGCAAACGACUUCACCGCAGCUGCAUUCCGGAUAUUCCACUCUCUUAUUCAGGACAAUAUAUGGCUAGAUCGCAACGGCUCCACCUGGGGUGCACUAGUUGAUGUUCGAGCGGACGUAGUUACAUCAGGGGGACUACAAGGUGUGAUAGAAGGUAUGCUGUAUCAGCCCAGUCAGGUACAGGACAGCCACAUCACAAACCAGAUUAAGAAUCGGAUGUUCGCUCAAGGUAAACUCUACGGCACUGACGUGAUAUCGACUGAUAUUUACCGAGGGAGGGAUCAUGGACUCCCUACCUACAACGACUACCGAGAGUUUUGUGGUCUGCGUCGUGCCACAGAUUGGGAAGAUUUUUCUGACACCAUCAGCCAAAAGGACAUAAAAGUUUUGCAGAGUUUGUACGCAUCUCAUGACGAUGUCGACUCGUACGUCGGCGCAGUUUUGGAGCAGCAGAAAUCUAGUCUGCAGCCGGCGUCGAUCACGUCGCCCACAUUCCAGUGCAUAGUGGCAGACCAAUUUUACCGUACAAAGUUUGGCGACCCUUAUUUCUUCGACUUCAACGGACCAUCCAAACCCUUUACUCAAGCUCAAUUGCAGCAGAUACAUCAGCGAUCUGCUUCCAAACUACUGUGCGACAAUAUUCCAGGAUUAAAGAGCGUCCCUCGUUUUGCGUUCGUUAUGCUUGGAGUGAAUGAGAACAAGGAAGUGAAAUGUGCGGAGCUACCCAUUCUCGACCUGUCUCACUGGGGUGAUGACUUCUCUUUUGAUAAUUCGUAGUUAUAAAGUGCAGCGAAGACACCUCAACUGAUGGCUACUUAAAUAAACUUCUCCCAUAAACGCCUUGAAAGCCGUCCGACCUGUAAACCAUAACCGAAAUAUCCAUCCUCACUCCAAGGACCGCGCAUAGGGCAUAAAUCUCAUAUAUUAUUUAUAAAUGUUUUUAUUUUAUUGUUACUAUAAUAUUUAAUUGUAAUUGUCGUAAUAUUUACAGUAUACGUAAGAACCGAUGUAAGUUCAUAAAGAUGUAUGAGUUUAUUUGUUCAAAUGCAGUUCAAAAAGCUUGCGAUAGCAAAGAAUAGCAAAGAAUUUUGAAGCGUUGUAAAAUGCUUUCGACUGCGGACUAAAUCGUUCACAUUGCGAACUAGUUCUUCGCACCUUACGAAGAUAUUUGUUCGUACCCCCGCAAAGAAUUAGUCCGUAACCCUGCGAAGUAUCUCUUCGCAACUUACGAGAAAGAAACUAAUUUGCAAUGGAAAGAAUUUUCUCUGUAAAUUUAACUAACAACUUGACAGUUUAAACUGCAAAACUUGAAGUUUUUGCAGUUUGCUGUUUAAACUGCAAAACUAAAAGUUCUACAGUUUAAACUGCAAAACUGUGUAGUUCAACAGUUAAAACUGCAAAACUGUGUAGUUCAACAGUUUAAACUGCACAACUGCAUAGGGCUAGUUUGACAGUUCACACUUUUAGUUUUGCAGUUUAAACUGUCAAGUUGUUAUACAGUUAGAUUUGCAGAGUAGUGUGCAAUGCAAACCUCUUUACAACGCUUCAAAAUUGUUUGCUAGAUUUGUGCAUUGUGGACACUUAAUUACAUGAAUCAAAUGCUGCUGAAUUUCUACGUCGCGAGUAAUCUGCUUCUCGCAAAGGUGUGGCAAUAUUUGAUUAACGUCUAUAAGCGGAAUCACUCAGGAAAAAUAUAUCGACGCCUUGUAAGCGCAGGUCAGUAAUCUUAAAAGAUUGGAGCCAAUUGUAGCAAGUGUAGUGCUGCUAAUAGUACGUAUUGUGUUUUGACGCAAAGCCAGAUAUAAUUUUCAAAUAAGAUUUCAAGCAGCGUAAUAACUUUCAAUGCUAGGGAACUGUUACAAAGCCGAAGUCAUAUCGACUUCGGCUUCGUAUGUUAUUGCAUUCUUUAAGCCUACCUUUCUUGUAUGCUGUCGUUGGCACUACUGUACCGAUGUCAAAGGGGUCAAAGCGGUGAAAAGUCACGUGGUAAAAACAAUAAAGCUUCUUAAUCAA